AUAAUUCGUGUCCAGUCCCCCGACGGGGUGAAGAGGAUCACAGCAACGAAGAGGGAGACAGCUGCGGCGUUUCUGAAGAAGGUCGCAAAGGAGUUUGGCUUCCAAAAUAAUGGCUUCUCAGUUUACAUCAAUAGAAACAAGACUGGGGAGAUCACAGCAUCAUCCAACAAGUCCCUCAACCUGCUGAAGAUCAAGCACGGGGACUUGCUGUUCCUGUUUCCCUCGAGCCUUGCUGGCCCCUCGGCUGAGAUGGAGACGUCGGCCCCCGUGGGGCUGAAGGCCUGCGGCGCUCCCCACGUGGUGGAAGACGAGAUCGACCAGUACCUGAGCCGGCAGGACGGCAAGAUCUACAGAAGCCGAGACCCGCAGCUGUGCCGGCACGGGCCCCUGGGGAAGUGUGUGCACUGUGUUCCUCUAGAGCCGUUCGACGAGGACUACCUGAACCACCUGGAGCCUCCCGUGAAGCACAUGUCCUUCCACGCCUAUAUCCGGAAGCUGACCGGAGGGGCCGACAAGGGUAAGUUUGUUGCCCUGGAAAACAUCAGUUGCAAGAUCAAAUCAGGGUGUGAGGGGCACCUUCCGUGGCCCAGCGGCAUCUGUACCAAGUGCCAGCCAAGCGCCAUCACGCUGAACAGACAGAAAUACAGACACGUGGACAACAUCAUGUUUGAGAACCACACGGUGGCCGAUCGCUUCCUCGACUUCUGGAGGAAGACGGGGAACCAGCACUUUGGGUACCUGUACGGACGGUACACGGAGCACAAAGACAUUCCUCUCGGCAUCAGGGCCGAAGUAGCUGCCAUUUACGAACCUCCUCAGAUUGGUACACAGAAUAGCUUGGAGCUUCUUGAAGACCCAAAGGCCGAAGUGGUUGAUGAAAUUGCUGCCAAACUUGGCUUGAGGAAGGUGGGCUGGAUAUUCACAGAUCUGGUCUCGGAGGACACCCGGAAGGGUACAGUUCGAUACAGUCGAAAUAAGGACACCUAUUUCCUGAGCUCAGAGGAGUGUAUCACCGCAGGAGACUUCCAAAAUAAGCACCCCAACAUAUGUCGGCUCUCCCCAGAUGGACAUUUUGGAUCCAAGUUUGUUACUGCGGUGGCUACAGGUGGCCCCGACAACCAGGUCCACUUUGAGGGGUACCAGGUGUCCAAUCAGUGCAUGGCGCUGGUCCGGGAUGAGUGCCUGCUGCCCUGCAAGGACGCCCCUGAGCUCGGCUACGCCAAGGAGUCCAGCAGCGAGCAGUACGUGCCUGACGUGUUCUACAAGGACGUCGACAAGUUUGGCAAUGAGAUCACCCAGCUGGCCCGGCCCCUGCCCGUGGAGUACCUGAUCAUCGACAUCACAACAACUUUCCCCAAGGAUCCUGUUUAUACUUUUUCUAUUUCACAAAAUCCAUUUCCUAUUGAAAACCGGGAUGUGUUGGGUGAGACACAGGACUUCCACAGUCUGGCUACCUACCUGUCCCAGAACACCUCAUCUGUGUUCCUGGAUACCAUCUCGGAUUUCCACCUCCUGCUGUUUCUGGUCACCAACGAAGUCAUGCCUCUGCAGGACAGCAUCAGCCUGCUGCUGGAGGCCGUGAGGACCCGGAACGAGGAGCUGGCCCAGACGUGGAAGAAGUCUGAGCAGUGGGCCACCAUCGAGCAGCUCUGCAGCACUGUCGGCGUGCAGCUUCCCGGCCUCCAGGAGUACGGCGCCGUUGGGGGCUCCGUGCACGCCGCCUCGGCCGCCGUGUGGGCCUGCCAGCACUGCACCUUCAUGAACCAGCCGGGCACCGGCCACUGCGAGAUGUGCAGCCUCCCCCGGACCUAGGGCUCCGCCCCCUGCUGGCGGGACUGGGCCCACCCCAGCCCUCUCUGAAGCCAGGAUUGUAACCGUGCCCCACACCGGCAGCCAUGCAGGUGGGGCGGGGGGCAGCUGCCCUGGGGUCUCUGGCCCACGAAGCUUCUCGGCACCAGACUUCCCUGGAGGGAGGGAGCCAGACUGGUGCUGUGCAGGCUGCAACCGGUCUCCUGGUGGGGGCACGGCCCUGCCCUGCGCAGAUGCAGCGCAGCAGCCCCCUGCUGCGGUCGAAGGACCAGGUGCCUCUCAGUCACCACCUGGAAUCCGGGGGCGGGAGGGCUUUUGCCGCCAUCCAGCUUUCUCUCCUUUUUGGAUGCUUUUUGUUCCUGCCCCUCCCAUGUUUUCGGUUGGGAGCUCUUGGUGGCCUCUACCCUGUUGCUCUGGGGCAGACCUGUCCCCUCCCAGUAGCCAUCGUCUGCCGGAAACGCGUGGCCACGGGCUCGCUGGCUUCCCGUCCGCUUGGUCUGCAGGCGAACCUGCUGCCCACCCUUCUCUGCUCUUACCCAGCGUCCAGGGGGAUUUUAAUGUCUGCAUUGGUUGUAGUAACAGUUAGCGGCAAUUCCUGCCCAGAAGACUUUUAUUUAUUUUUUUUUCAGAUAAAAACUACAUCAAAAGGGCGUGAGAGAGACUAGUUUCCACUUCCUUCCCUCCAGUGAGGCCCUGCAAGUGUGUGCAGGGUGGGUGAGUGUGGACGGGGACCCAUAGUCAGUCUCCUCGGAAGUAAACCUCAGUGCCUGAGACCUUUCCACCAAGCCGCACAGCUGGGACAGCUGUGGACACAGGUGGUCCGAGCAGGAGCCUCGUGGUGGCUCCCACCAAGGAGGCAGCCCCUCCGGGCAGCCGAUGCUGCUGACCAGGCCUGCGUGGGGUGAACCGGACAGCCCAGGCAGGACCAGACGCUCCAGUCCCCUCUGCCCCAUUCCUUCCUGUUGCCCGGCCCCGGCCCCGGCCCAGGCCUCUGGCUCAGUGACAUGGUCACGAGACAGGCCAGGUGAGGGAGCAGGCGCUUGGCCUGUUCUGAGGGCCGAGUGGGGCUGCUGUGGGGAUCUGUAAAGGUUGACACCGGGCUGAGGUGUGGGCCCAGGCCAACCCUGGACAGAGGCUGUGGUCAGACCUUGCACGUGCCCUGGGGUCCCGGCGUUUCCCUCUGGCCGGCUACAGUCUGGCCCUUCCCCAGGGAUUUUGUGGACAUCUGAUGCCUCUUUGCCUUAACAAGAGCUGUAUCUCUGAGCUGCAUUGCAUCCACCUGCAGGAGAGGCCAGCCCAGACACAGACUGCUUGGGGCCUGUAUGUCUCUAUCCUAGGGGCAGGAAGCAAGCCUGUGUGACCCUUCCUUACCUGCGAGCAGAGAACACCUGGGGGUGGCGUUCAUCUGUGGCCAGGGCCAGCCUGGCACCUCCAGGUCCACUGGCGUGGGACACCAAGUGGCCGAUGGGGUUGCAUCUGGCUACGGUGGAGCUGUCUGUUCUGGGGGCAGGAGGGUGCGGAGCAGCCAGUCUGAAGCAUUGGCUCCCCAGCUCACCUGCCGAGGAGCUGGGAAGACGGUCUGGUCGUGUUCCUGGCAGCUGCGCUGGCUGGAGCUCUGGCCCCGCGUCGUCUGCACCUGUGUUCAGAUGUGAGGCUGCAGGGGAUCCUGGGGAGCCGACCUCGGACUCCAUGGCCCCCCGAUUCUGUCCUCACUCCCGUCUUCAUCCACCGAGCUAGUUUCCUUUUCUCCAACCGUAUUCUGCUCACUCUGGAGUUCUGGCAUCUGCAUAGUUUGUUUUCUUUUGUCUUUUAGCUAAACAAAAAGUGUUGUGAUUUCUCUGCUUCUGGUUUUGAGUCACUCUUUGUUCAGUAUUGCACUUUAUUUUAUUGUCCAAAGAGAGUCGGAGCUCAGCAGAAGUGGGGGGCCUUGCCAGCUGCCUCAGGCACAGGGGAGAGGCCCCCAGCGCCACCUGCAUCCUGCCAGCCCGAGGAGCACUGUAACCCAGUGAGGGUGACUAGGAUCCCGGCCUGCGCCCACCAGGCUUCUGGUGCUCCCGCUUGGGGCUUCCAGGUGUGGCUGUGGGGGUUGCAGCAGCAUCGCCUGGACCCCAGCCCUCAGGUGGAACCAAUAAAAGCGCCUGAAGCGC